UCCAUGGAAGUGUCACCCAAAGUCAAGUUGUCAAGUUCACAGCACUUAAGUCUCACAGUGCAUUGACCCUAGUCGAACAAGGCAGUCGCAGGCAUUGCAUUCCAAUUCCAGAAGUCGCAAGCCUACCCAACUAUCAAGAAACAUCCUCCCUUACCUGAGCCUGGUGGGUUGCAUUAUCCCGUACAACCGACCGAGCAGUCUCGGCGACUUCACCUCAAGACGAUGCUAUAUGCUCGGAAAACAACCCAACCACACUCGCGCCCCACACAAUCGCAAGAUCGCAACGCCCAUCGAGCACUCGUAAGAGACCCACAACUCCUCUACCCGGCUCCCCGCUCCCAGUUGUGGGAUGUCUAUCCUCACAUCGUGUCACACCACCAACGGCCAUCACUGCUCACCGCAUGCUUACUAUGUACCUCACGACGCGAACCGCAUCGCAAACACGACCCACGUGUGAAGCCAAGCCCCCCCUCCUCGAAACGGCAGUUCCACGCACCGUACCCACAACCCACACGCAACGGCCCUCGCACGCACGCUGGCGAUUCUAGACCUGCACCCCUGCGCGCAUCCCAGAGGUGCCCACUACCAGAGUCCAUGAGCUGGGAUGCUGGAUUUUUAUGUGUCACCGGCGGGGCGCGACAAGAGCCGCAUGUCGGCAGUGAGCCGCAGCGGCCGGGCUACGGUCGGGAGGCCCCGAUGCAGGGUCUGGAUGUCGCUUUGACGGGGUGCGUGGGAAUUGUGCAUGCGGCGAGGUGGAGCGGCGUGCUGUGCGUUGGCCCAGAGAACAGGAGCAGAGGCGCGGUGCAGACUGCAUCGUGGGACUGUGCCGUGCGGUCUUGGAAGCCAAGUGCGAGACAGCGCCGAGCGCCUCGCUGCGAUCUUGAUGCGCGCCAUCUGAUAAGAUGACGCUGAACUCCGAGGCGCUCCGUCCGAGGCUAUUCCGACCUCGCGUUCGGAGUUCGAGCGCCGGCGGAGUGCGACUCGUCAUGUGAACAGGUGAUUGCGCGACUCGGCGUGGCGUGAUGCGCCAUCCCCAAAACA